AUGAACUACUUGUCAUCAUUUACACUAUUUAUACUUCUAAUUCUAUUAUUUUGUUUCAAAUCACUUGAAAUUAGUGACAAAAAUUUAAUUGAUUCUUUAAAUAUAGAGAAUGUUCCGGUACCAGUAGCUUUAAAUGAUGAAGAAGAUAAUCAUAUUAUACAAAAAAGACAACGUCGUAGUAGAAGACAAAGAAGAGCAAGAAGAAAUAGAAGGGCGCUUAUUGCUUCUAUAAAUGUUAUAACUGUACAAUUAGCGACAUUAGGCCAACAAUUAAGUAGUUUACAAGCUCAAGUAUCAAAUUUGGCAACAACAACUACAACAGCAGCACCGACUGCAGGACGUUAA